UUGAACUUAGAAACUUAACCUAAAAUAAUUUUUUUUCAAACAAAAAUUUGAUGCAUUGAAAUUGGGGAAUACGAAUACACCUACCUGAUCACUCUAUGGACAGUUUAGCAAAAAAAUUGAUAAACCACCACAGAAAUCCCAUUGUUAAAAUCGAUGUAUCCGGUUCCAAGUUAUUUCUUAAGUCUUCCACACAAGAAGAAUCCGAAUUUAUAGAAAAGACCCAGGCCAACUUGGAAAAUAUUUUAAGUUAUGAACGGGCAGACCGAAGGUGUGCUAGGUCUCUCGCUACAUGGUCAUCCGAAGAUAAACUGGCCAAGGUGACAAGAACGGUGAAAAGUCUAAACAAUUUCGGGUAUCAAGAUAAGAACGGCACAUACCUGUACCCCGAAGAAGCACUGUUUUUGAUGGAAACCAAAUCGCAGAAUAGGCUGGAAGUUACGAUCGACGGAGUGCCACUAAGUGUACAAGAAGGUUACGAUUUAUUACUGAAACAUUGCGAGUGCGAUGCAGUCAAAUACAGGGUGUACAAGAAGCUAGCGCUUCUUGGAUACAGAUUGCUUAGAUAUUCAGAGUUGCGAAGACGAUUAUCGAAAACGACCAAAAAACAAGAUCCAAUUACAAAUAACUCUACAAACAGUGAAAUAAAAAGUGACGAACGUCAUAGAAAACGAGUAUUGGAAGCGGAAAAUGAAUUUAAUCCCAAGAAAAUUAAAAUAAAUCCAGAAACCGACCAGUUGAAGGGUCAACCAGGUGCAAGUAAUAGGAACGUUACACAGUCACAGUACAUUUUAAAUAUAUUUGAAAAGUUACGUGAAACCGCACCUAGAGAGUACGAUUCCGUUGUUACGGAUGACGUAGCGCCUCAAUAUUGCAUAUUUUUGCCAAGUAAUAAAAGUAGGUGCGAUUACGAUUUCAAUCUAUACAUUUGCGAGGACUCGAUUUUAAGGAGCCAGCACCAUAACCAUGCGACUCCUUCGAUAUACGCAAUAUGCUCAGAGGGCAACAUUUCGUUUUAUAGGUUUUCCAACACGCGGCUUCCAAUUUUAUAGUUUUAUAUACCGUUACAUUUUCGGACAUAAAUAAAAACAAUCGAUUCA